AUGUAAAAACCUAUUAGAGUGAAACACAAAACAAAGAAGAUACCAACAAAAACCUUUGGGUUUUGGGGUUAGCUUGAUAAGGUUCCAUACCACCAGCUUCUCCCUUCUCCUCCUCUCCGUCUCUGCAUUUCCCGAUAACCAGGUAUCUACUCAAUGGGCUCCAUACCUCGCGAAUGGGUAGGGUUCCAGCAGUUUCCUUCUACCACGCAAACCAAACUCGUCGAAUUGUUUGGAAAAUUGAAGGAAGAGGGUCUCAGUACUUUGACCAUUCUUGUUUUGGGCAAAGGUGGAGUUGGUAAAUCUUCCACUGUCAAUUCUCUCAUUGGGGAGAGGGUCGUUAAUGUCAAUUCGUUUUCGGCUGAGGCUCCAAGACCUGUAAUGGUUUCCCGCACCCGGUCUGGAUUCACAUUAAACAUCAUAGAUACUCCUGGCCUUGUAGAGGGUGGUUAUGUCAGUUACCAAUCUUUGGAAUUGAUUAAAAGGUUUCUUUUGAACAAGACUAUAGAUGUUCUGCUCUAUGUUGACCGCUUGGAUGCGUAUAGAGUGGAUGACUUAGACAAGCAGAUUGUAACUGCUAUCUCUGAUAGUUUUGGAAAAGAAAUUUGGCGUAAAAGUUUACUUGUACUUACUCAUGCACAGCUUUGCCCCCCCGAUGAUCUCAGCUAUGAUGACUUUUCAGCUAGAAGAUCAGAGUAUGUCUUAAAGACUAUUCGUGCAGGAUCACGAAUGCGGAAACGAGAUUUUGAGGAUUCUGUCAUUCCAGUUGGUUUGGUUGAGAAUAGCGGAAGAUGCAAUAAAAAUGAUUUGGAUGAAAAGGUUCUCCCAAAUGGCACAGCCUGGAUUCCAAGUUUGGUUAAAGAAAUCAUUGGGGUAGCUACAAAUGGUAAUAAAUCGAUUACUGUUGACAAGAAGUUGAUAGACGGGUCCGAGGCCAAUGACAGGGGCAAGAUGUUUAUCCCCCUCAUCCUUGGGGCUCAGUGGCUUUUUGUGAAAUGGAUUCAAAGAGCAAUCAAAGACGACAUUGCCAAGGGCGGCAAGGGUUUGUGAGUGCUGCUGACUUCUGAUGAAGUGCUUGUUAAAUGGUCUCUUUUAUGUUUUGUCUCUCUCUCUGUGCCUGCUCAAUUCUUUCAGUCUUUUAUCUUCACCAUCUGAUAAUUUUCCAUCCUACCUGUAUGUCUGUGUUUUGCAUUGUUAAUGACAGAAUACUAGAGAAAACAGGUUAUUGUUCUUUUGAUGAGUUUAGUUUUUUCCCCUCGAAAUUUGAUAUAAUUUACGUUAUUUUUCAUUCA